AACACCUUAAUGCACAUGGUCACUUCCUAAUAAUGAAUAACUGGUACACAAAAACAAAACACAUUUAUAUUUUAUAAUUAGCACCCCAAGUACUUUCGUUCGUAUUUAUAAAAUGAUUAACUUUAAUUUUUAAAUGUUUAAUAUUAAAAUUAUGAGCCCGGUCCGGUGGUGGAUCCGGUCCGGGAAGUCUACGCUCCCGCUCCUGCUGACGGCUAAGCUAGGCUAGUACAAAAACGCCCCCAGCUAUCCGUUACCUUCUCCCGUUAUCACCGCUCCCGUUAAUGUUGUCCUUCAUCCCAGCUGAGCGUUUUAUUCACCAGCACACACAGAUUUUAUAACAAAGUAUUUAUUCGGUGAUAUCGAUCGACGAUCAGGUUGAUUUGAUCCACCGACUGGCCCCCAGUCUGAGCUAAGCUAACAGUUAGCCUCACAGCCAAAAUGGCGGACAACGAGGAUGACAGCGGUUCGACCAGAACAAUAACAGCCGCGGAGCCGCCGGGGGCCGCGGCUCAGCCCCUCGCUGCUCAGUCCACCCAGUCCGGGGACAGUUUACCGUCAGCGUCCGCCGUUCAGAUCACCCAACCCGGGAAGAAUGUAUCGGUAGCGGCCGCUGACCAGAGCAGUCAGCCCAGGGAGGGUUCACAGACAGUGUCUGGUGCUGAGACCAGUCAGCCCGGGGAGAGUUUACCGACAGGGUCUGGAGCUCAGCUGGCGGACUUCUUACAGAGCUGCCCAGAGGAAGAGAGCAUCCUGGUGGGCACAGAGUUCACCGGCCUGGCCCCGGAGCUGGUUAACACCACUAUCAUCUACGUGCAGCCGGACGGCAGCCUGGUGGAGGGCUCCGGACUGACGGCCGAGGAGCAGCAGGCUCUGCUGGACCAGCUUACCAAGCAACAGAUCGUCCAGGUCUCCGACACCGAGGCCGCCCAGCUGCUCCAGCAGAGCCAGCUCGUCAAAACCAUCCCGGUCCACAACACGGCCCUGGACCCGAGUCAGCUGCAGCAGGUCAUCAACCAGGUCGCCAAGUCCCAGCAGCAGGUCCACGUCCAGGUCCCCCAGCAGGGUCUGAAGCAACAGAUCCAGGUCCAGCAGGGUCUGAAGCAGCAGGUCCAGGUCCAGCAGGGUCUGAAGCAAGUUCAGGUCCCUCAGCAGAACUUAAAGACCACCACCCAGAACAACGCCUCCCAGCAGUUGAAAAUUGUCGCCCAGCAGGUCGCCAUGCAGACCUCAGUCCCGGUGGUCCAGAAGAAGUCUGAGCCCGUCAGGAUCCAGAUCCAGGUUCCCCCCAAACAGGAAAUGAAGCCCGGCUCCGCCCCCCAGCAGCAGGUGAAGCUGUCAGCCAAUGGCAGCGUGAGCAGUGCUCAGAUCAUCCAUAUCCAGCCCGUGGUUGGUCAGCAGGGUCAGCAGUUCUUCCUGCAGCAGAACCCAGGGGACCCCCCCAUCCAGCUGCUGCUGCAGAGCCCCACCCCCGUCGUCGGAUCUCUGCUCCCAUUGGUCCACAAGCUCACAGGCCAGACGACAUCAGCAGGCAACGCCUCCAGUCUGGGUCCGAAACCUGCAAUGUCCCCCAUCAGAGUCCAGACCCCCUCCAUGGUAAAGACCCCGCCCACCUCCUCUGCUAAAACUGCUAGCGUCCCGCUAAAUAAAACCCCCGCUAACGGCACCACAGCAGCCACCAGUAAGAGCCUUGUCAAACCACCUGCAGUCAUCACGGGGGUCCCAGUACAGGCCGCCACACCUGCUGCUGCCCGACCUGCCACAGUAGCCUCACCUGCUGCAGCCCCGCCCCCUGUGACCCCGCCCCCAGCAGUGAAGGACAGAGAUAGGGAGAAAGAGAAGAAGGUGAAGAAGAGAGAAAAGAAGGCGGUGAAGGUCCAGACCAGAUCCGGUCGAGUCUCCAGACCACCAAAGUACAAAGCCAAAGACUACAAGUUUAUUAAGACGGAGGACCUGGCCGACAGCCACCAGUCCGACUCUGACGACUACUCCGACAUGAGCGUGGAGGAGGAGGAGGGGGAGGGCGGGAGCAAGGAUGGCUCCGCCCCUGGCGCCUCUCCCUCACUCACCUACAGCCACAAGUCCCGGUCCCACCGCUGCCAGACCUGCGACAAGGCCUACAUCGGUCCCGGAGGUCUGAACCGGCACUACAAACUGAACCCAACCCACGGAGAGCCUGAUCUUCCCGGCAACCCGCCUGGCAACACACCAUGCCCCCUCAGAGAUGACAGCCAAUCACAGGAGACGACAGCAGGUGUCAGAGAGGAGGAGAAGAAGACGGAGGACAAACCUGCUGCCACAGCAACAACCACAGUGGACGGGGGUCCAGCAGCAGCUGUAGGACUCAGGGGCCUCCAUCACCGGGGCCCCGGCCGGCCCCGAGGACGAGGGAGAGGCAGGGGGCGGGGUCGAGGGCGGGGUCGAUCACUGGGACCACCUCCUAAGGUGACAGUGGGCCUCGUCAGCAGGCGGGGCCGUCGCGGUCGACCUCCAAAGCUCGCCGUCACCACGGUAACUGCAGAGCAGCAGGUGGAGAGGAGACGAGACCGACUGCAGGAGCUGGUGGAGCAGUGUGAGGAUGAGGAGCUGAUGGACAUUGUUCUUCCUCGUUUGACCAGAGUGUUGAGUCUGUGGGAGCUGCUGCUGGCAAAGGUGGAGCGCAGCGGUCCAGCUCGGACUCGGUUUCCAGACAUUUACCGUGAGUUUGAGUCCCUGCAGGCUCAGGUGAGACAGUCUGCUCAGGAUUACAUCAUCAGCCCGCAGGUUGGAGCUAUGCCACUGGAGGUCAGGAACAUCGAGGUUGCCAGGUCUCUGGGGAUCCUAGAUGAGGUGAACAGGAUGAAGGUGGUUCCUGGAGCGUCUCCCAGCUCCAGUCUGACCAGUAAGAACGUCCGAUACAUGGAGAAUUCCAAGAUGUUGCCGCCUUCAAAGAGGUUCAAGAUGGAGAACAGCAUCCCAGUUCACCAGAAUGGCAUCGAGACGCCCAGAACAGGAGGGACUACUGUGACCUCCUCUCUGAAGCCCUGCUCGGUCUCUGUGUCUCCUUUGGUGAUUCCAGCUGGAUCCAAACUGCUGACCACCACAGCUGACUCCGCCUCCAGCUCCUCUGGCUCCACCUCUGCUCAGACGCCUUCAACCCAAGCUCCUCCCCCUCUCACGCCCAUGGAGGUGACCCCAGAUGAGGACCGGGGGGGGGGGGCUCUGCAGACCAACGCCCAGGCUGAGCCUUUUCCGGCAAGCCAGGACCAGGUCUUGAGCACCAGUGACAUCACAGCCCAGAUGAAGGAGCUGGAGAAAGCUUUGGGUUCAAGUCCCGAGACCACUGCAGACUCAAAGAUGCCUGAGUCCAGCUCCACCCAGACACCUGAGUCCAGCUCCACCCAGACUCCUGAGUCCAGCUCCACCCAGACUCCUGAGUCCAGCUCCACCCAGACACCUGAGUCCAGCUCCACCCAGACACCUGAGUCCAGCUCAGUCCACACUCUGGCUUCCUCUCAGCUUCAGCAGAGUGACUCCUGCCAGUCCGAGUCCAGCUCCACAGACCCCUGUGAGCCCAAAGAGCUGCAAGAGGGUCAGGAGAUCUACAUCCAGACUGAGGGGCUGACGGUCCAGCUGGCAGAGCCUGGAUUAGACCGGAUUGUGAUAGUCAACGGGCCAGAUGGGACCACCAUGCACAUUCAGACCCCUGAGGGGGUCCCCCUGGAGGCAGUCCAGGCCCUGCUGGGCAUUGAAGCUUCAGACGGAGCCAAAGCUCCUCAGUGAACCCUGAACAGAAUCCAGACUGAUCUGGACUGAGCAAGACCAGAACCUGACCUGAACCACAUCACACUGACAGGGAAAGGGAUCGUAAAGAGUCUGUCCAGUCCGAGUCAGUAUCUCAUGUUCAGAGUUGAACAGUGUUUCCUGUGGCGCCCCCCUCAGGACAAACUGUACAUUAUAACAGUGGGUGUAGGGGCCUGUAGGGGGUCCUAUCAAAUCCUCAGACUGCUGGUUUGUGGUUUCAGGCGUUUCUGCUCGCUCCGCCCUGUUGAAUAUGUUUCAGAUUAACACCUGAGGACAAACGGGACAAACUGGUCCUUUUGAUAUCACACCUGCAUCGUUCCGGUCAGACUCUGUCGACGUAACGUCAAGUUCUUUCUUCAUCAGGUUGAAAUUCCUGUUUCAAAAACCAGUUGAAGAUCUUGAACAAACACCUUAAGUUUUUCUCCGUUCAGAGACCGGAGCGAGGCUGCUCUCCUGUAGGCUCCUCGUGGCCCGAUCAUCUCAUUUUCUCUAAAUGUUAGUUUUGGUUUGUUUUUGUUGUGAUGCUCAUAUCCAAUAUUUAAGGACUGUUAUCCUGAGAGAAAUAUAUCAAACCAUUAUCUGAUGAUCAGGGCGGAACACGAAACAGGUGACGACAGUGAACGGUCUGAUUUCUACAGAUAACCUGAUCGAUAAAUCCUGACCUCAGGUUAACAGAUUCAACAUCUAAAUAUGAGCAACAUCAUUAUAACGCGAUGACGAGAAUCAGUUUGUGAGUACGUAUCCGAUCCUCUCUGGGCUCCCGUACUCAGCAGCGACGAACAAACCGUUUUAUUUAUCGUCCCAGUUCAGCUCGUUGUUUGGUUGGUUAGUUCAGUUCUCACCUGUGAUGAUGUCAGCGGCGGCUCCUCAGGAGGAACCUGAUCUUCCUGCUGGUUUUAAGGGAUCUGGAGUGAUUGUAAAUUUGUAAACUUGUUUUUUUUUUUUCAGUGUUUCCAUAUUUGGACUUGUUGUUCAUUUAAAAAUAGAAACUGAUUAGUUGGCUGUUUAUAUGUAGAUAAAUAUGAAAAACAAAGUUUAAAAAAAGUUGCACUAUUUUAUUACUUUUUAUAAAACUUAACAGCAAAAUAUUUUCCAAACGUAAACUGAACAUUUGUACUCGUUUGGAGAAACAACGUGAGGACGCAAAUUAAACUUAAGCGAUUUGUCAUGUUGAUCGUUUCAUGUUCCUCCAAUAAACUGAUGUGACAAACUCA